CUGAUUCUUUCUGAGGAGAAGAACUUUGGUCGAUUUCGCUAGUCGUAUCAGCUGGAAUUUACUCUAAUGGUAAUAUACUCAUUUAAAAUGUCGGUGGAAUUAUUAUAUUAGGCAAGUUUUUAUAUAAUAAUUAAUAAUUAAAAAACAAAUAGAUAGGAUAUCCCCACCCGCGCAUCAUUGGGGAUAAGAUAAAAAGAAAUUAAAUUAGGAAGUAAGUCGUAAACAACAACUUUAUCAAUCCAAAUGAGUCUAUAAAUACUCAUUCAAGUGUACAGAGACGAGCACAACGCCUCUUCACUCUGCUCUACUCUACUCUUUUUGCUAAGAUGGUGAGACGUUCGCUUUUGGGAGAGUGUCUGUUCCUGAUAAUGUUAUCAUGGUCCUCAAUGGCAAAAAUGGUUAUGCUGGAGGGAUCCCCAUCAACGAAAAUAACUGCCGACUACAGUUCCUACAGACGCAACCUCCUUGCCAAUGGUCUCGCCAUCACUCCUCCCAUGGGCUGGAAUAGUUGGAAUCACUUCAGUUGCAAAAUCGAUGAGAAUGUCAUCAAAGAAACCGCUGAUGCCCUGGUUUCAACAGGUCUUCAUAAACUUGGGUAUAAAUAUGUUAAUAUAGAUGAUUGCUGGGCAGAAAUUGCUCGUGAUGAAAAGGGAAACCUAGUGCCUAAGAACUCAACAUUUCCAUCUGGCAUGAAAGCUCUGGCAGACUAUGUUCACGGGAAAGGUCUUAAGUUAGGAAUUUACUCGGAUGCAGGGUAUUUUACUUGCAGCAAAACUAUGCCAGGUUCACUUGGCCGUGAGGAACAAGAUGCUAUGACUUUCGCUUCGUGGGGUAUUGAUUAUUUGAAGUAUGAUAAUUGUAAUAACGAUGGUACAAAGCCAACUGUUAGAUACCCGAUAAUGACUCGUGCUUUGAUGAAGACAGGACGCCCUAUAUUCUUCUCACUUUGUGAAUGGGGAGACAUGCAUCCUGCUCUUUGGGGUGCUAAGGUAGGAAAUAGCUGGAGAACAGCAAAUGAUAUUUCUGAUAAUUGGGAAAGUAUGGUCUCUAGAGCAGAUAUGAAUGAGGUUUAUGCUGACCUUGCAAGGCCUGGUGGUUGGAAUGAUCCUGACAUGCUUGAGGUGGGUAAUGGAGGAAUGACGAAAGAUGAAUACAUAGUCCAUUUUAGUAUUUGGGCCAUGUCCAAGGCUCCUCUUCUUCUUGGUUGCGAUGUAAGGAAUAUGACAAAAGAGGUAAUGGAAAUCAUUUCCAAUAAGGAGGUUAUUGCUAUUAACCAAGAUCGACUUGGUGUUCAAGCUAAGAAGGUUAGGAUGGAAGGUGACUUUGAGAUUUGGGCUGGACCUCUCACAGGCUACAGAAUAGUUGUUCUACUGCUCAACCGAGGCCCUUGGCGCGGUUCAAUCACCGCCAACUGGGAUGAUGUUGGGAUUCCCCUUGAAAGUUCAGUCCAAGCAAGAGAUGUUUGGGAGCACAAGACAUUGAAGACACGAUUCGUGGGGAACCUGACAGCGACCGUGGAUUCCCAUGCGUGCAAGAUGUACAUCUUGAAGCCUAUCUCAUAGAGUUUAGCAUUCGAACAUCGGUGUCUGUGCGUGUAUAAUGUUAGCAAUGGAAAAAUUUGAACUAUAGCAUGGAUGGAAGAAGCCAAAUUCAAAUAACAAUCAUUCAAUUAAAUCAGUAAUUUUUAGCAUGCUAUUGUAAGAAGUGGCGUUAUCCUUAGAUUUGACUUAUUGUAAUAUAGCUGAAUAAUUGCUCAUCGGCA